GCGAGGGACCUCACAAGUAUAAAGAAGUACAAACAAGUGUGUCUGCGCGCGCCGCAACGGUUGGACGUCGCGUAUCAUAGCAACAGGUUUAAACAAAAGUGAAUUGGUAAAGGAUGGCGACGCAGAGAGAAGAAGACGCCGCCGAUUAUCUCAAAAAACACAAAAUAAUCGAGCUCAUGGACUACCUGACCAGCAUGCUUUUCUUUCACAGACCCGAGAAACCCAGAGAGUUCCUUGUUGAGCAGCUGGAACAGCUGAAGAUUUCUCAACAGAGUGGCGUGAAAGGGGCGAAUCUGUUCAACAAGUCCAACCUGGAUGCAGUCUUUGGGAUACUGGACCCCACUAAUCAAAAAUACAUCACUUUUGCACAAUACAAGCACGCACUGACCACACUGGGCAUAAAAGACAUUAAUGAAUGUCCGGAUGGAGUAAAUGAAGACAGAAUUACUCAUGAGACGUUCAAAACAGAAGCGAUGCAAGGCCUGCAGAGAUGCUCAGCAACAUAUGAACAACUGUGAACUUUGAUGUUUUCUUCCACUCAGCUGAUGUUAUUUAUUCAGUGUUAUAAUGCUGAAAUGCAUCUGGAUGUUGUAAUUGAGAGUGUAUAUUGUGGUGGAUUUUUGUUUGAGAAAAACAUGCCCAGAUCAGGGCCAGAGUGUAUCUCUGGACCUCUCUUUCAAAACUUAACUUUAGUGAAGGUGAAGAGUUACUAGAGUGUCAAAGAGUUCACGAACACUCACUGGAGAUGAUCAGAGUUCAAUACAAUAGAGUUCAUUCUUUCACGAGAAAUAAACCCGAGUUAGCCUCGGAAACCAACUGAAUUAAGCAUAGCUAUACAUCAUUUUUUUAUACCCCAAAUCGCUCCUCCUUGCUGGUGGGUUCUCCACCUUCUUUUUAUAAAAAAUUAACUUCACUUCAUCAGGAAAUAAUGAUGUCAUAGUUUCCAUAUUUGGUUACAUCUUCCAUAUCCACCUGGAAAUAAUGGUGUCAGUCUCUUUGGAAAAUCCCUAACUCUCCCGGCCUGCCUGGGUAAGUCUGGGUACCUCCUGACACCACUAUCUCCUAGGUGUCUUAGGCCAUAUUUUUUUUAAACUUUAAUAUUUCCAAACUGUGUAUUAUAACAAUCAUUUUCGUUAUUCAGAUUAAUCACAUUACUUCUAUUACUCACUGCAAGCCCAAUGAUUGAGUCUGAUUAUCAUUGAAAUCAAUGUUAAAAGUUAAAAUCAAUGUCCAAUACAUUGUGGUCUAUACUGUAACACACAGAGUAUAUUCUUCAUAUACCUUGGCACACAGAGUACAUUUCUUGGGAUUUUGCUACUACAUUUUCCUCUUACAACUGGAGGUUGUGAAGACCACAUCCUAGCUCAGGGUUCUGAUGGAUGAUUUUCCCUUUUUGCUCAUAUAUUGAAAAAAAAAAAAAAGGUUUUCACCUACCAAGAACAUGUGUUCGUUGACUCCUCAAAAUGACCAUGGGGAUUAUCUCUGAGGCUGCCCAUGUCACGUCAAGCAUGGACACUCGUGACCUUUUUGACCUCGUCACUCUUUAGGCCUAAACACUCACAGUAAGAACGUCAAAAACAUAAGCAAAGACUACAAACACAAUGUAUGAUAAUGAUAAUGAUUACUCUGGUAAAUAUAACAUUUUCUCCUACAAUAUACUGUAUAUAGUAAUAAA